GCGGUCACACAGCAUUAAACGUGGCGGCGAUUUAUCAUAUAAGUUAGGUUAUAAUAUCGUAUGCAUCAAAAUCAUACAAUUAUUUAUAAGCUAGUUUUUUAAGGAAAAAACACUUAAAUUUAGUGAAUUUGCAGUGCGAAAUCUUUAAAAAACCACAGACGAACACUUGGCACAAACGAAAGUUACGUGUGAACGUCGUGGCUUUUGUUUAAUUGUUUUGAAGGAAAAGAACUUUGGCAACGUUGAAACCAACCUUAGAUACAUAUAAAACCACAAAAAUACCAGUAACAGUGUAAAAAUUCAAAAAGUUUUCCCCCCAAAAAAAGCAACCAACCGAACACAAGUUAAUUUCUUUGCUCCCCGUGUUAAUAAAAAAGCGGCAAGAUUACGUCAAUUAUUGAGAACCUACCCGGCGCUAUAGCUCACAACCACAACCAAAACAACAUCAUGGAGGAGGACGAGAGGGGCAAACUUUUUGUGGGCGGCCUGUCCUGGGAGACGACGCAGGAGAAUCUGUCGCGCUACUUCUGCCGCUUCGGGGACAUCAUUGACUGCGUAGUAAUGAAGAACAACGAGAGCGGCAGGUCGCGGGGCUUUGGCUUUGUGACCUUUGCCGACCCCACCAACGUAAACCACGUGCUGCAGAAUGGACCGCACACGCUCGACGGCCGUACUAUCGACCCCAAGCCGUGCAAUCCCCGCACGCUGCAGAAACCCAAGAAGGGUGGUGGCUACAAGGUCUUCCUGGGCGGUCUGCCCUCGAACGUCACCGAGACCGAUCUGCGCACCUUCUUCGGACGCUACGGCAAGGUCACCGAGGUGGUCAUUAUGUACGACCAGGAGAAGAAGAAGUCUCGUGGCUUCGGCUUCCUCUCCUUCGAGGAAGAGUCCUCUGUGGAGCACGUGACCAACGAGCGGUACAUUAACUUGAAUGGCAAGCAGGUCGAGAUCAAGAAGGCCGAGCCUCGCGACGGAUCUGGCGGCCAGAACUCCAACAACAGCACGGUGGGCGGAGCCUAUGGCAAGCUGGGUAACGAGUGCAGCCACUGGGGACCGCACCACGCUCCCAUCAAUAUGAUGCAGGGCCAGAAUGGUCAGAUGGGGGGACCGCCUCUGAAUAUGCCUAUUGGAGCGCCGAACAUGAUGCCUGGCUAUCAGGGCUGGGGUACGUCGCCGCAGCAGCAGCAGUACGGCUAUGGUAACAGCGGUCCGGGAUCAUACCAGGGCUGGGGAGCUCCGCCAGGACCCCAAGGACCGCCACCGCAGUGGUCGAACUACGCUGGACCGCAGCAGACGCAGGGCUACGGCGGCUAUGACAUGUACAACUCGACGUCGACCGGAGCCCCUUCGGGACCAUCGGGUGGUGGCAGCUGGAACUCCUGGAAUAUGCCACCCAACUCUGCCGGACCCACUGGGGCACCAGGAGCCGGAGCGGGCACCGCAACGGACAUGUACUCGCGAGCCCAGACCUGGGCAGCGGGCGGUCCCUCUACCACCGGACCCGUGGGUGGCAUGCCGCGUACCGGACCCGGGAACUCGGCAUCCAAGUCCGGAUCUGAGUACGACUACGGCGGCUAUGGCUCCGGCUACGACUACGACUACAGCAACUACGUGAAGCAGGAGGGUGCGUCCAACUACGGAGCCGGACCGCGGUCAGCGUAUGGCAACGAUAGCUCCACGCAGCCACCCUAUGCAACCUCGCAAGCUGUCUAAGGAGUAUGAUCGUGUGGAGGGAAGAGGAGGAGGAGGAGUAGCAGAGCGGAGCAACAUGUCGUCGUCGGCGUCGUCCUCGGCGAAUGAUGAAGAAGACAGAAAAGAUGGUGGUAAUUGUAAGCUAAAGCGUCGUCUGUUCGUUUUAAUUUCAGAUCAGAUCAGUUGUUGAAAUUAAUAUUUAAAACUCUUGUACAACUAUUAUUUAAAGCGAAACAAAUUUAACACGAGAAUACCUAGCGACAAGUCAGAUUCAUAGAUAUACAUGUAUGUUCUUUAGCAGCGAGUAAUGUAAUUCAUAGGCAAAACAUCAGCACACAUUCAGACAAGAGAAUAUUAUUUCUUUCAUGCGCCUCAUAAACACCACACAAAACAAACAUUCUCCUGUAUCCCACACUCAGCAACCAACCAGCCAGAAUCAACUAACAAGAACUUCCCAACCAACUAAAACCCCUAGAAACAUAUGAUACAUGGCAUUAACAAACAAAAUAGAAAUGUGAAGAUUUAAACGUAAUGAUUUACAAGUAUAAAGUUUAGCUAAUUAGACACAAGAAGAUCAAGAAUAGAGUGCGAAAUACCAACACAAAGAAAAUAAGAACUUUUAAUUUUAUUUAAAGAGUAAACAAGUAAAGAUCCCUUAAUUACUAAAAUUAGUAAAUACAAAUUCGAAAUUGUACAUUUUAAAGCAAGAGCAGGUCGGUCUCCGAUCUGCUUUCGCCACCACCCGGUUUCUAGAUCAGGCGACAAGGUUUAGUAAGGGUUUGAGAAGGAACCGGCUAUAUAUGUAGUCGAUUCCGAGAGCUCUGUGCUUGCCUUAGCUUUUGUGACUCAUUGACGUGGCUAAAGAUAUGGCGGCAUAUCUUUGCAUUUGUACCUAGACAGAAGUCGGUUCUAAUCGGCAACUGUUUUAUCGUCUAACAGGUCGCUAGAUGAAAGAGAGUGGUGGCGAGAGAGGGCGGUACUGACUUGGGAAAGAUACGUUACAAAAUUAAAAAUUUACCAUUUAAAGUAAACAAAACAAAAACUAGCUAAAAGUUAAACUACAUAUAUAAAGAAACCUAAUUAAUAAGCGUACGUGGUCGUUUACAUCUAAGCGAAAGUUGAACUUGAAACUAGAAUUAUAUAGUGCGUUGGAUUUAUUAUUUAGUUAAAGCGAAGUGAAGAAGCCAAGCAGCAGCAGCAUGAUAAUGAUGAUUGAUUAUAAUGGAUAUGGAAAUCAACAAAACACACUCUUAACCAAUAAACAUAAAAACUAUA